AGAAGAUCGGGGACGUCGUCCGGUGUGUGGAGUAUGCCAGUGAGGUGGAGGAGAGGUUCCCCGAACUCCUGGUGGGCCUGGUCAACAAGAUCCUCACCGGCCUGCAGAACACCACCGAGGGAGUCGGGAACCGAGACAGCCAAGACCUGCCUCCUGAGGAGACCGCACAGAUUGUCCGGACCCUGCUGGAGAGGGUGGCACAGGUGACCCCGGAGAAGACCUGCUGGCAAUCCCUGUGCUCUACGCAGAGCUGCCUCCAGGGUGUGGCCCUCUUGGUGAGGGCUCUCCUCCAGACACGGUCCUCCACAGUGGCCAGGCUGAAGGCAUACCUGGCUUCCCUCUUCAGCCUGGACAAAGAUCCAGAAGAGCAUUCCCUCGCAGAGGUGGCCUUCUUUGUGGAGCUGCUCCUGAAAGACCAAGACGUUGCUGCCUUAGAGAAGACCUGGACGCUCCUGGUAGCGUUGCUAGUCCACCCCAGCCAGAACAUCCGCUACCUGAGCGAAAGGGGACUUCUCCAAAUUUAUGGCACCCUGAAGGCGGCGAAGAAACUCCAGGAUUUUAGUGCCGGGAUCCUGGGAGGGCUCAGGACCUCCAGUCUGGAUGCCACUUUGGGGGUCCUGGCCUUCAUGGAGCGGCUGAGGCACUGUCCAUCAGAACACCAGGCCACGGUGAAUGCUGUCCUGGCUGCCCUGUGCCGCCCUCUCUUCCACCACGAGGAGGCUAAGAUUCGAAGGGCAGCCAUGAGGACCCACCUGGAUCUCUUGCAGCACCGCCACCACCACCACAAGGGUACAGAGAAGAACAUCACGACCCUCAUCGCGGUGCUGAUGCAUGUGGAGGAUGAAGACCUGGAGGUAGCACAGGCUGCGAAGGACAAUCUGAGCCUCCUGGCGGAAGCCCUCCUAUGGCACCUGGAGGGCAAGCUGCUGGCGCGGGACACUUACAGCCUGCAGGAGCUGCUCCACAAGAUCGCCAAGCGUCUGAUUCGGCAGCUCGGCACAGAGAUCGCCGUGGAGAUGGAGGCCACCAAGAUCCUGGGCUUCUUCCGCAGCGAGCAGCCUUCAGUGAGGAGAACGGCUGCCCUGCUGAUCGGUCACCUGGUCCACAAAAAGGGCAGCAUCCUCACUGAAGGGAACAUAGAGACCUUCCAUGCUGCGCUGGAGAGCUUGCUUGGCGACCAUGACCCCGAGGUCGGGAGAGUUGCCUGCAAGACAGAGAAGAUCGUGAAGAAGGCCUUUUCCCUCCACUCCCGGCACGGGCUGCGGGCUGCCGUUCGGCGCUUGUGGGCGGGCUGUAAGAAGAAGAGACACCCGCCAGAGUACGGUGAUCUCUCCACCUGACCGACUGGAACAACAGCCCCGUGCUCUCCCCUUGAAGAUCAGCAGCUGAAGGGAGGUUCAGGAAAGACCGUGCAGCGCAGGGGCCUCCCAGAAGACCUCCUUCAACCGCGUGGACACAAUAUCUGUCCACAAGAAGACAUCCAGCAGGGAAGUGCAGUUCUGUCUGAGGAGUGAGGGGGAAGCAGGCUCCACUCCCCUGGCCCAAGGAAGCCCCGCCUCUGGGGUGCAGAAGCCCCUCCCCUUGCUUCUGCUGCCAGGCUGUGGGAGGAGGCUACAGGACCACCCUGCCCCCAAGUGGCCCUUUGGAACCAGUCUUGGGCUUCCCUUGGGUCCGGGGAGGCUGUGUGGCCCCAGCAGGAGGGCAAGGUCACCGCCUCCCUCCAUUCUCACCAGCUGGCCAGGGAGCACCCCCUCCUCCUUCCACCUUUCUCCCCUUCCCCAGCGGCCUGGCUUCCCCUGGCAGGGGAAGCCCCAUCCAGGCAUCCGCCCCCUCCCCUGCCGAGGGUGUGCUCCUCCCCCCCUCCACUCCCGCAGCCACGCCUCACUCCCCCCUCCGCUCCCUCCUCCUUCCUCCCAAACCGGUGCAGCAGCAGAGGAGC